CAUGUCCAUCUUCACCCCCACCAACCAGAUCCGCCUCACCAACGUGGCCGUGGUGCGGGCGCGGCGCGGCGGCAAGCGCUUCGAGAUCGCCUGCUACCGCAACAAGGUCAUGGGAUGGCGCAGCGGAGCGGAAAAAGAUCUCGACGAGGUCCUGCAGACGCACACGGUGUUUGUCAACGUUUCCAAAGGGCAGGUGGCGAAGAAAGAAGAUCUUGUUCAAGCAUUUGGGACAGAUGACCAAACAGAAAUCUGUAAGAUGAUUUUAGCAAAAGGGGAGCUGCAGGUAUCAGACAAAGAACGACACACACAGCUGGAGCAGAUGUUUAGAGACAUCGCGACUAUUGUCGCUGACAAAUGCGUGAAUCCUGAAACAAAGAGGCCAUACACCGUAAUCCUUAUAGAAAGAGCCAUGAAGGAUAUUCACUACUCCGUCAAACCACACAAGAGCACAAAGCAGCAGGCACUGGAAGUGAUCAGACAGUUAAAGGAAACCAUGCAAAUUGAACGUGCUCACAUGAGGCUGCGAUUUAUUCUUCCAGCAAAGGAGGGGAAGAAACUGAAAGAGAAGCUCAAGCCACUGAUUAAAGUUAUUGAGAAUGAAGAAUUCCAUGAACAGUUGGAAAUUGUGUGCCUUAUUGACCCAGGCUGCUUCAGAGAGAUUGAUGAGCUGAUCCGGAGUGAGACAAAAGGGAAAGGAACACUGGAAGUGCUCAGUCUGAAAGACGUGGAGGAGGGAGAUGAAAAGCUUGAGUAAAGAAAACCGUCCUGGAGCAGUUUAACAACACCCUACAAAAUGACUGGCGUUAACCACGCUCUUCUGUUAGGCCUUUCAUGUUUUUUCCAAUCUCUUGCUGCCAAAUAUUUUCUGACACUAAUCCUUUGGGAUUUCUCCAUGCAGUGUGUUUGGUUUUUAUCAUUUUACACUUGCUUGGUUUACAAAUGGGUUUGCCUGUAGGAACAUUUUGUGUCAGAGUUGCACUAAUGAGGAUAGAGUUAAGACUUGAUACGGAAGUUACUCUAGCUUUGGCUUACUUUAAGGGUUGCUGUUGAAGAGUGUUUUGACUGAUACGGUGCCAAUCAUUUUUGCUUUAAGUUUGCAGUGUUGAGUGGAAGAUCGUGUAUGUUGCUGAGGGGUGGGUUUUGUAUGUAUGUGAGGAGAGGAACCUGAGGAAAAGGGAGCUGCUUUUUCACUUUUAAACAGGUGCAAGGUGUGGAUCUUGUCUAAACUGAUCUCUUGGCAGCAUGAAAACUGACUUAGACUUCCAUAAUUGGCUGCUUGAUAAUUAGAGUACUUCAAAGGACCAUUCUUAAAGAUUUCCUUCACUGGAUAUAACAGUGCUUGCGGACUUAGAAAAAAUGUUCUCCAAAUAACUUAUUCAUAAAGUAUAUUUAGCUACAUUAAUAAAAAUGAAUUAUCAUCUAUUUAUAUAUUACAGAUACAGAAAGAAAUAAAAUAAUUAUUUUUGUUAUUAGUAUAGGAGGUGUCUCUGGCCAUGGCGAUGCUUUUUGUGGGCUGAAGGAGUAGCCUGCGCUUGUGAGCUGUUCUCGUUCACGUGAUAAAAGGAAUCUCGAACAGGCAGUGGUGGCCUCCAGCCACUGAGCUAGGCGGGCUUUUGUUGGGCCCUAAUUCCCUGGCGGUAGCUGUCUGUAUGUGCCCCUUCUCUUUUUAGCAUGAUAGAGAACAAUCCUGGCAGCUGUCCUUUAUCCUGUCUUUUUAUGCUGCUUUCUAAUACAUGCACAGAAUUUGCAGCCAGCUCCCGAGGCACAGUAUAUAGCUCUUGAUAAGUCUUUUAAAUCUUGUUUCAGCUGUGUUAAACAAAUGCUUUCAAGCUUAACUUGCAUAUUUCAAAGAAGAGGGGAAGAGAGGACAACAACUGGAGAAGGAGAUACUAAAAAUACAAACCACCAGGCAAAGCUUAUAUCCUUGGGUGACUAAAAGCUGAACCAGUGGGAAUUUAAGGAGCCUCUCGUAUCGCGUACCUGUUUCCAUGCUGAUAGUACGGAGCAAGUCGGGAGCUGCAGGCUAGCUGACAGCUAGCUCUCUCUCCCAGAUGACCAUGUGUUGUGUUCAUUGUUUGCUAUUUACUUUUAGAGCACGUGACUCUGCCCGUUUUACGACAAUUCAGCAGGGCUCUGGUUUGUACUCUUGACAUGGCUUUUCCUUUGUACCGUUAACACGUGAAUUUUCUAGAAUUUAAGCAGGGAGAGUUGAAGUCCACUGGAGGAGGAGAGGUUUGACAUGUCAGGUCAGCGGGCCUGCAGGACUAGAUCCUUAGUCAAAGGCUUUCCCUUGGAAGCCGAUUUCUGCAGCAGUCUAGUGACGUGAGCUUGUGCAAGGUUGGGCUAAAUUUCUGUGGUAAUGUCUUGGAAGGACUUGCCCCUGUAGAGUCUGAGUUUUGCUGAUGGUCGGUGAAACAAAGAUUUUGAGCCAUUUCAUUCAUUUUGAAAGGCUCUCUCUUGCCCCCAGGGUAAUUUUCCAUGGUGUUUAAAUGCUGCCUAGGGAAGUUUAGUGGCAUAAUUACUGUGUUUGCCAAGUGGACACAGCUUCAGUGUGGAGAUCUGUACAUGCAUGGGCAGAUCGGCAAGAUUGCUUGUGUGUACAAGCCCUUAACUGCUCGCCUUUCAAAUGGCCAUCUCUUCACGCGUACUUUGUGAAGCACUGAAGGUGAUGUUGGUAUUUAGUUUGUAACUGGCAAUUAGCACUAACAUGCAAUUCAUAAAUCUGCAAAUGAGACACUGAGUAAGAGCCUCAGAUGACAUUGUGUCAGAAAUAUUUUAUUUCACAAUCCUAUAAUUUCUUUGUUUUCUGUGUUCAACACCUGGAGCACAACAGGAUGGCUGCAGGUUAGAGAUCUUGAGUUACAGAAACUUAAUCUAAGCUGAUGUAUAAGCUUGGUGCUAGGAAGGCAAUUUCCUUAGAAAGUUUUUUUACGAAUCAAACAUUAAGGAUUUUCUUUGGUAGAGGGAGCUUGAUUUUAUUUACCAACAAAUAAAUGUACAUGCUCGCAUUUCUUGUCAUAUUUGUAGUUCAGCAAGAAUGUGUGGUAAGCAUCAAAAUAAAUAUCGGUGUUGGUA